UGGAAUGAGAUUUUGACAAUUAUAAUUGAAGACUAUGUGCAAACCCCAAAAAGGUUGAUAAAUUUGUUCACAAAUGCGGGGUUAGACAAGUAUUGGUUUCCAGUGUCUAAAAUGCCCCAAAAGGGCGAGGAUUGGCCCACUGUGACCGCCAUGGUCCAGGAGAACCACCGGUUACUGAUUUUCACUUCUAUCGCUUCGAAGGAAGCAGAAGAAGGAGUUGCUUAUCAGUGGAGGUAAAUGUUAGAAAAUGAAUAUGGAGAUAAUGGUGUGGCUCAAGGAUCUUGCCCAAAAAGAAAGGAAUCACGUCCGUUGAAUUCAAGGGGUGUAUCUCUAUUUCUAGAGAAUUACUUCUGCACAGACCUUGUUCAAGCCGAUGCUUGUAAAGAGCAUUCAGCUAUACUUGCUAAUAUGGUUGGUGUAUGUUACAAAGCAGCAGGGAAUGUGAUGCCCAAUUUUUUGGUAGUGGACUUUUACAUGAGGAGUGAUGGAGGAGGUGUUUUUGAUGCUUUGGAUCGAAUGAAUGGCCAGGCAUUGUGUGGGUGCAGUUCUGUUACUGCUUGCUAGGUGCUCACAACUCCAUAUUACUUGGAUGAAAUGCCUCUGCUUUCAAAAAGCAUAUCAGUAUAUUAGUUUAUGAACUCGUUUGCAUUCUAACUUGGUGUCAUGGUUUUUGAUUCCCAGAUUGACACUAUAUAAAUGUCGUUCUCCGUAUUCAUUUUUAUAUAUUUAAAUAUUUAUUUAUUUAUAUAUAUAUUUAUUCAACUUUGUUUGAAUUGCAUAAUUUAAUCAUGGAUUUGGAUAGUAUGAAAUUUGCAAAUUUUUAACUUCUUUAUCUAGAUUUGCCAAAAUUUCCAAGUUGUCCAUCCAAUUCUUUAGCAGUGUUAAAUUAAAUUUUCCUUUUUAAAAGAGAGGAAAACAAGCAACUCUUAUUUUAAUGUUGUAUUUAAAAAAGUUGGGGCAAACUCAGUUUUCAUUUUUAGCAAGUAUUGUGUGGUAGUUUGAUCAGAGUGCUUUAUUGUUAAAAAAAGUUGAAGCUUUUGGUUAGUCAAGUGUUGCAUUCAUGAUGUUUGUGUUAUUGGUUCGGACCAAAAUAUUCAACGAAGCAAAAUGAGUUCAUAAAACAUUUGAAGAAAUUACGGUUCCGUUUGGUAAGCCUUUUAAAUUAUAAUUUUACCAAUUGAUUUGAGUGUAGUGUUUGU